AUGAGAACUACAGCCAUAAUCAAGCUGAGGAGAACAAACAUCUCAGGAGGCAGUUUGGCAUUUGUAGGAAUCACCCCUGUCCCAUUCGUGCCAUAUGAUGAUGAGGGUAAUGCUGAUGGUGAUGACGAUGAGGUGGUGUCGGAUGCUGAUCGACCUUAUCCUCCAAAUGUAAAAACGGUCGAUGAAACUCGGUAUCAGGAGAUGGAGUUGGGAGUUGCGAAUGAUCCAGGAGGAAGAGUAGGGCUUUCUGUGGUGGACUUAGGAGGAUUCUUGGGCUUUCCAGCACUGGAGAAGGGGUCUAAUAAGGUAGAAAAGCCAUUAUCAUAUGCUACUGUGGCGAAACCCCGUCUACCUGAGAUUGACAGUCUACCAUCGCCGGUUAGGGAUGGGAAUCUGACGAGGAUUAAAAUUCCUCAGGCGGCUUAUGUGGAGCAGUUGGACAAGAUGCAACACUCUCUGUUGGGGAGGGUUAAUUUCAGGUUCACAACAAUGGAUAGGCUUCACGAGGCAACGCAACGUUGGCCACUGAAGGAAGGGGUCUCCCUGAGAUCCAUUGGCAAAGGUUUUGUGAUUUUUACUUUCUCCAAUGCAGAUGACAUGACUGUCAUAUGGAGAAGAUGUCCCAUCCGUGUUGAUAAUCAACUCUUGCGAUUCCAGUUGUGGCGUAAAGAGUUUAGGGUUCAAGAACAGGCUAUUACACACAGGCUGACUUGGAUUCGAUUCCCGAAUCUACCUCAAGAGUACUGGCAUGAAGCAAUACUACUAUCCAUUGCCGAAGCAGUGGGACGUCCAAUUGCCAUUGAUAGGCGUACUAAGCAUUCUCAUUACGGGCAUUAUGCAAGGGUAUGCGUUGACAUUGAUUAA